AUGGCAUCAAAGAAUGGCCAUUACAGAACUGUAGAAUGGUUAAUAAAAAAAUACAGGGGUUUAGAUUUGACUGACAGCAAUGGAAGAACAGCAUUGAUGUUAGCAGCAUUUAAUGACCAUUAUGACAUCUGUGAUUUUUUGUUUAAAAAUGGAGCUUCAAUAAAUCUGAAAGAUAUUGAAGGAAACACGGCAAUAAUGAUUGCAUCUGAGAAAGGAAAUGUAAAAACAUUUAACUUGCUUUUGAAGCGCAAUGCUAUAACUGACACAUUCAAUAAUGCAAAAAAAAAUAUACUUAUGCUUGCAGCUGAUAAUAAUAAUAUUAAAAUUGUUAAAAUUAUUUUAAAGAAAUUCCAUCUAAAGACGCAAAAUGAUGCAAGUGUUUAUAUAACAUUAUUAAAAGCUUGUGAAAAAGGUUAUGUUGAUGUAGUGGAAUUAUUAUUCAAGUAUAAUUCGUGUGUGUUUGGAUUUCCUUUGGAUAUAGAAAGCUAUACCCCUCUCAUGAAGGCUUCAAAAAAUGGACAUUUGACGAUAAUUCUAACUUUACUUAAACAUGGUGAGGAGAUUGACUUUAUAAAAUCAAAAAAUACUGCUUUAAUAGUUGCUUGCAAAAACUCGCAGUUAAAAGCAGUGGAGCUACUUCUAGACCACAAUGCAGACGUAAACCUGGCUGGUACUAAUGGGAAAACUCCUCUGAUGUCUGCGGCUGAAGCUGGAUGCCUGCCGAUACUCAGACUUCUUCUAGCUAACGGCGCUGAUAGCAACCUGACAGACGAGAAUGGAUGGACUGCCAUGAUGUUUGCUUGUAAGAUAAAUAAUGAUGAGAUUGUAUUAUUAUUACAUAAAUAUAAGGCUAACGAAAACCAUGUCGACAAAAAGGGUAAUACUCCACUUAUUAUAGCUAGCUUCAAUGGAAGUGAGAAAGUCGUUGAAACAUUAAUUAGGCUUAAUGUUGACGUUAAUGCAGAAUCCAAGGAAGGUGUAACGGCUCUUAGAUCAGCCGCUAAACGUGGAUGUAUCCCCGCCGUUAAAGCUCUUUUACAACACAACGCCGACGUAAACGCAUCCGACUUUAAUGGCCGCACUGCUCUACACUUUGCUGCGGCUGAAGGUAGUUUGAAGAUAGUUCAAAUGUUGAUUCAAGCAAACGCUAACAUAUACCAAAAAACACUCGACGGACAAACCUCCAUAAGGAUGGCGAUAAAGAAAAAGAAAUUUGAUGUUGUCGAAUUUCUCCUUCAAAUAAAAAAUGACCUAACUAACAACAUAGGAGGAACAUCUUAUUCUAAUUCAGGGAAAACGAAGUCUUCUUGGAGUGUCGGUAACAACCCCUUCCCUAUACAAAGUACGCCAUUAGUCGAAAGGUACAACUUUAAAACUCAAGACACAAGAAACAGUACAGAAUCCAUUGAAGGUAAAGGAAAAUAUUUAACCGUAAACUAA